AUCGAUUACCCAAUAAUAAAGAACAGACAUGGCCAGGGAGCUUGUGUCUCUCCAAAUUCUCCGACCACCUCUUCACAUUUCUCGUCAAUUCCUUAACCUCUCUCCUCCUCCUUCAACUCUCAAUCUCCGGCCAAAACCUCCACAAAACCCAAUCUUUAUCCGAACCAACUCUCACCGCACCAAAACUUCCGCCGACGACGACGGAAUCCCUGCAGACGACGUCAAAACCAUCGCCAAAUUCAAAUCCCGUCACAAUUACAUUAGAGUCAUUGAAGUUUCCCGAAAGACCAAUCACCCACUCGCUGGUUCUCGUCUCCUCCUCCUCGAUAAUCCCGGUAACAUCCAUAGCAUCUCUUUCCUUCUUAAAACCUUAACCGAUAGUUACUUCGACGUUUUCGCUACUCUGCCUCCGAUUAUACCUCCCGGACCAAUCGGUAUUCUCGGAUUCGGAGCCGGUUCAACGGCCCGGUUAAUUCUCGAGCUUUACCCUCCUGAAAUCGCUAUCCAUGGAUGGGAACUUGACCCUUCUGUGAUUGACGUUGGUAGAGAGUUCUUUGGUCUCUCUAAGCUCGAAAGAGAUCAUAAAGAUAGGAUUUUUAUCAACAUUGGUGAUGCUUUGAAAGCUAGUGUUAAAACCGGGUUUUCGGGAAUUUUAGUGGAUUUGUUUAGUAAAGGGAGUGUGAUCAAAGAGCUUCAAGAUCCUCAAGUGUGGGAGGAUUUGAAAUGUAGGUUGAGGAAUAGAGGGAGGAUUAUGGUGAAUGUUGGAGGUAAAUGUGUGGAAGCUGAGGAUUCUGAGAGAGAUGGAGGUUUGGUUAUGGAGGAAACGUUGAAAGCUAUGAAUCAGGUUUUUGGAGAUAAGCUCUUUGUUCUAACGCUUGGGAAUGGGAAUGAUAGCUCGGUGGCUCUCACGGGCGAUUUACCGGAUCUUGAUGCGUGGAAGAAGAGAUUACCGCGUAGUGGAUUGAGAAGUUAUGUUGAUAUGUGGAUACCUUAUAGAGAAUUCAGCUUGAGAUAUUAGCCUUAGAUGAUAUUGGUUGAUAAUCAGUUUUUGUGAUGGAUGCUGAUUAGCUAAUACACAAAACUUGUUCUGUCUCAGAGAGUGUUACAAGUGUAUAAAUUAUUGCUUGGCCAUUGUGUCUUUAUUGUUGAUGAAUCUUAAGGUUGUCUUGUUCUUUCACGGGGAUUGAGAUUACUCAUUACUGUUAUGUAUGAUUUGUUCUGGUAUUUUGAACCUAAAUUCGACAAUGAACUUUGUAUCUGUUUAAAUGAAAUCAAAAGUAUGGGCUCUUCUCGC